CCCCGCCUCCCUGCUGCUGGAGGAACGCCCUCAACUGCCCCGCCCUCAGCCGCGCUCAAACCGGGAGCCUCCGCGGAAAGGCCACGCUUCCCAUUGGCCGCGUCCUCCGCCACGUCCGGAUGAGUCCCGCCCCCGGCCCCCUCGCUGACUGUUCCCCUACGGCGGCCGGCGGUUGUCGAUAAAGUUAUUGUUGAGGCGGCAGGCGGCCCAAGAUGGCGGCGGCCGUGGGGUGGGCGGAGCGGAGGGCCCGCGGCGGAGAUGAGCCCCGGAGAGAGCGAGGGCCGGGCCGGGCCAGCGCAGAGAGGAGCGAGAGGCGGAGGAUAGAGCUGCUGGAGGAAGAGAUCCCCGUGGGGAACCAGGAGGAUGGCUUCACGGCGGAGCACCUGGCGGCAGAGGCCAUGGCAGCAGACAUGGACCCCUGGCUGGUCUUCGAUGCCCGCUGCACCCCACCCUGCGAGCUGGACCCCUGGCUGGCCACCUACCCUCCUUCCCAAGUCUCCCGCUACGGGGGCCCCAGUGACCCCAACCCCAAGCCUGUGGGCUGGAUCGCCGUCUAUGGGCCCGAUUUCUCCCCCGGAGCUGGGGAUGUCCAGGGACUCCAGGGGGCUUGGGAAGCCCUGCAGGCCAGCGGGCGGCCCAUCACACCUGCCGUCCUGCGGGAGCUAGCCCUCACCCACCAGGUCCUGACCGGCAAGUGGCUGAUGCACCUGAGCCCCGGCUUCAAGCUGGACCACGCAUGGGCCGGCAUCGCCCGGGCCGUGGUGGAGGGGAAGCUGCAGGUGGCCAAGGUGAGCCCCCGAGCCCAGGAAAAGGAGCGGCAGGUCAUCUGCGUCUACACCGAUGACUUCACAGACCAGGAGGGAGUGCUGAAGGCUGACUCGGCCAUCCGGGCCGCGGGGGUCAAGUGCCCGCUGACCUACAAGCCGGACGUCUACACCUACCUAGGAAUCUACCGGGCCAAUCGCUGGCACCUGUGCCCCACCCUCUACGAGAGCAGCUACCACCUCGAGAGCGACCCCCAUUGCUCCCGGGUCUUGGACCGCCUCAACAACAUGGCACUGACUUAGCUGGGAGCCUGGACAUGGGGCGGGCAGGGCGGAGACAAUCAUUCUGGCCGGGCCACUGGCCACCCGCCUCCUCGGCUUUGGGCACCGGCCUUGGGCACCGGCCUUGGGCCUCAGGAAGGGGGAAGGGCUGCCCCCUUGGCUGGCCUAGGCAGCUGGAAGCGGGCACGAUGCCACCCCCCACCCCAGUGUCGGCCCAGGUGAUGGAGGCAGAAGGGGACCCUCUCCCUUGGAGAGCCCCCGCUGAGCUCCUCCCCUGCUUUGAGCUGCCCCACCCCCACCCCUGGCUGCAGCAGCACAGAACCCUGUUAGCUCUGGGGAGAGCAGUGCAUCCUGGGAGUUGUAGUUCUGACUGCACCUGCCACUAGGAGGGGCACCCUGCUAGGCCCCCACCUCACCCCUCCCUCCUGGUUUACCAGUUUGUAGAUUUGGGUGGCAGCUGGUUGUAUCAGGUUUGAUGAGGACUGGUGUUAGAGGAGCUGCUGAGGUCGGAACUAGCCUAAGGACCAAGACCUGGGGAGCCUCUGCUGGCUCCCAUCACCUCCAAGCUCGGCCCGGCAUGAAAGCCCUUCACGACCCAGGCCCCUCCUUCCUUCCCAGCAUUCGGACACUUUAUUCCCUUCCUUGAACUCCACAACCUCCCAGUGCAGUGCACUGGCCUGGCUGCCCUUGCACAGGCGGCACCAUCUCCCGACUCCGGGCCUUUGUUCUGGCUGUGCCCUGUGCCUGGAAUGUUUUUCCUUUUCACCUCUGCCUCCUGCCUUCCCUGGCCCCCUUCAGGACUCUGCAGAAGGCCUUUCCCUUUACCCACUGUAUAUAUCUUGUGUCUACAUAGUUAUUGACAUGUUGUCUCUUCCAUUAGAAUGUGAGCCCUUUGAGGGAAGGGUCCCUAUUUUUUGCUUUCCUUUGUACCCAUAGCACUUAGCACAGUGCCUGGUGCCUCAUAAGCCCUGAAUAAAAGCUUGUCGACUGAC